UCACAAUGAUCAUACAGAUCGCUUUGAUUUUUCUACUUUGGCCAUAUGCGAACGUUAUGUCUCGGCGACGUAUAUACAAGCCUCUGCUUUGUGACGAAACCAAUCAAAGCAUAACCAGGCCUUCGUUGUUGGCCUCCUGUGUGGAUAAAAAGGACUGCUAUAUUGUCAGAGAAGUGGGCUAUUGUCCCAAAAAGGACAAGGUCUGUUGUGUGAAGAAACACGGAUUUGCCAUUGAUGAGAACGAGUUUUUCGACUCAAUGGAGUCUCCACACAAAUAUAACGAGAUCUACAUAAAGAGUUCCUUGAAACAUGAGCAAAAAUAAAUAGUUUGUUGAUAUA